AUGAGUAGUCGAACUAACUCCAGUGUCACCGAGUCCGGAACCCGUUCCGUAAUGUUCGCGAAUGACGCCAAUGGUUUGGUAAUUCGCAGUACCAAAGACUGUCGACAGACGUUAGUGUUCUCGGAUCAGGAGAUCUGUGAUGACAUUUUGGCAACGAUCCCAAAACUGCACUCGAUAGUGAUCAACGGGGUCAAAGGCGGUCGAUGGAAGCAGCGUAAUGUCAAAGGAGGCGUGCAACUAAGCGAAAUGGAGCCCAAUUACUCGCCCGUCGACCCUGACGAUGAUCUCGAUAUUCUUCACGAAACGGUGGCAGCAACGGAGCUCCGCUGUCACUUAAACGAGGCACUGAGUGUGUUGCUGCAUCAAGACUCGAAUGCGUAUGAUACAACGAUGAAAGCUUUGCACGGCAAGAGGUUUAAGAAGGGCGAAGUACUGUUCCGCCAACGCGUGGCGUUCGACACUAACUCGCAGGAGCAAGCUCGUGUUCCCGUGGAUGGAAACGACGACACACCGCAGCAAGGCGUCAUCACUGUCGCGUCGGCCACGUUGCGUCCUAGCGCUGGUUUGCUACUACCCUCUCGUCAUAAACACACGCAACAACUCUUGUUCUCGACCUGUACGCACCAGUAUCCAGACAAGAAACGCGCCGUGCACGUGAUGAAGACAGUGCCCAAAUCUGUCCACGACCAGGUGCUUCCUAGCUCGGACCGCUCUUCGCUGCGCCGUCAACUCGACCACAUUGCUGUCGGGUUUGAUCUGCAGUUCACGCCACGUCCUGGAGGUAGUAGUCGACAGACGACGCGCAUUUUUGCCCAUGCGUACGCCUCGGACCGGCCGUCAUCGGCCUUCCGAGAGGAAACCGGCGAGAACCGGGCAGCGUCCGUAGCCAAGAAGCGUGAGGCGGCUGCGAGAAUUCACGCGUCCGACUUGAGCCGCCGCCGUACAGCACUGAUGAACCCGGAGGCGCGUCAUGUGAUGAGGGUGUUGACCGAGUCGGUCGCGCAGUUUGAACGGAGCUUCCACUUCUUCCGUCGUGACUUCUACUGCCAGCUCUGCGGCCACAUGGUAUGUAGAGACUGCUCUCAGCUGUACGAGGUGGAAGCUCGUAUCGGAGAAGUUCGUAAGAACCGCUGCUGUGUUCGGUGCGUCGUACGUGUUGACUCCUGUAAGUUCGACGACGAAGAUCUGCUGCCUGAUUUGGGUCCAAUCCUCGUCGAAGCGCCUCCCGACGUCUGGGAGAGCUUGGGCUCGAACGGUAAUGUAGACGACACGUCUUCUGAGUCUGAUAUGGACGAUCUACCCGGUCAGCUUUGUUCCGAAGAUCCGGAGACACGCAGUCGGGCACUGGAGAUGCUUGGUCGAGUUAUAGGAAGCCCAGCAAGCUCCUAUUCUUCCUCGGACUCGAGCCGUAAGCUCCAGAGUAAGAAAACUACCAAAACGCAGUCUCAACGCGUGCGGAAGCGUGUGGAGAACCACGUGACCCACGAGCUGGCCAGGUCACGGCUCAAAUACACCGUUGAUGCCUGUGACGUAAGCGAUCGCACCAGAGACUACAAGUACGAGCUCGAUAGCUCCAAAGUCACGAAUGAAGACCACCCGUUGGCCCCUAUGCCCGAUGGACAGAAGGACGCCCGACGCGUCGACUUUAUCCAGCAAUCUGGCGCGUUGCGGUCAGACUACGACCGCUCGGCGCUGAAUAUGAUCGCGCAGGUGGCGGCCGAACGCCUCGCCUGUCCGAUCGGCUUCGUCUCGAUGGUAGACGAUGCGCAGUUCCACGCUAUCGGCAACUACAACCUACCCGUGGAAGCGCAUCACCUUCCUCAUAACGAGAACAUGUGCAUACACGCCGUGUACGCGGACAAACCGUUAGUGGCUAAAAACCCGCAGCGCGAUAUGCGUUUCGCUCAGAUGCCGUGCGUGGAAGACCUGGGCGUCAAGUUCUACGCUGGUUUCCCGCUGCGAGCCCCGAACGGAGAAGUGGUAGGGUCCCUGUGUGCAGCAGACGGAGUUGCGCACAACAACAUCUCCACCAAGGACUACGCGACGAUGGAGACGCUGGCCAAGCUAGUUUCGGACCUACCGGCGCACAACAGCCCCCACAGUACGAAGAGCUGA